GUUUAAAAAUGCUUUCCUGGGAACAGCGAAGGAGGAAUCUCAAUGCCGCUCUCCUCCUGUCACUCUGCCGGUGUACAAAAUGUUUGAUCCGAGAUAUUUAAGGAGCUUUACAACUAACGUGUCAUAUAGCGCCUCCUAUCCAGCUAAAGCAAAAUCCUAAAUACAACAAGAACAUAAUAUAUGUAGCGUCUCAUUUUCCAAUAAACCUGCACCAAGGACUGUUAUCACCCUGUCAGCCUCUUCAUUUAACAACUUCUAUCACUGCGUGUCCCCGAGCAUAGUUCUCUUUUGCUUUCUGUGUUUCUCUCACCUCUCUUUCCAAAAUCUCACUAUUAGUCAGUCUCUUCCGUCUGCCUUUUUUUCUAUUUUUUUCUGGAAAUCUCUUGUGUCAGUCUUUGUGGCAGGACUAAAUAGGUUAUGAGGUCACAUAUCCCAUCUCUUCCAUUGAUAAUGUCAUCAACCGUAAUCUGUCUUCAGAAUACUGAGUAUUUUCAAUUUAUUUUUAUCUUCUUUCUCUAAGCACCUAUUUUUUCCUUCCUCCUCCUGUAAUUGACUCCCUCCCUUUUCUUUCUCCUCCUCUCUUUUCCCUCUUCUGUUUCCCAUUCUUUUUUCUUCUGUUUCUUUUCUCCGCUCUGCUCUCCACCUUUGUCUAUCCCCCUCUCCUCAGCUAUUAUUACCUCUCCUCUGUUCCUUUUUCCCCUCUGAGUUUCUUUCACUCUCUCCCCUAUACAUAUUCCACAUUUAGUAAUAGAAAGACACCCCCCCAUCCAUAGACUCUUUUCUUUCCCGUUUCCCUGGUAACCACUGGAGUGCAGUCUCCAGUUGGCAAGCAGCGUCCCUGCACUCUCUGCACCCUGUGACUGUCUGAGAGAGUGCAGCAUGGAGCCCCAGGCGCUGUCCGAGGAAGGGGAGUCGGAUGCCUAUGACCCACCAAGCCCUAGCGAGGGAGAACAUACUGAAGGAGAAUAUGUUCCCAUUGAAGAUUCAAGUAAUCCCCCUGAAGACCAAUCUCCGGCUGAGUGUGUCACUUCUAAACCUGAGGCACUGCCAGCUGUGUACCCCAUGCCUGCAGACUCUUGGAAAACAUUGAUUGAACACAUAGAAUUCAACCCAAUAACAUCAUACACACAUUUGGAUCAACCAUACCACAAAUAUGGAUGUUGGACUCAUAGAAAAGAAUACAAAGAGCUCCUAUACCAGGAGUAUAGGGAUAAAGCUAACCAACAUGAGAUUCAAGCUCGAAGACUGCAGGAUAACUAUGUGCAGACUCCAGAGAUUCAGGACAGCUCCCAAGCCCCUGAAGAGGGGUCACCCCCACCCAUUGAGCGCCGGAGGACUGACUCUACUUUCAGUCGUCUCUCAAGUUCAGUUUCUGGAUUCAAUUUAUGGCAGGAUUUACCAGAAAUCAAGAGCAGCAGUGUGCUGAGUCUCCUGCAACCUGGAGAAAUUAAAUUACAGGAGGCCAUGUUUGAGCUGGUGACUUCAGAGGCCUCUUACUACAAGAGCCUACGCCUGCUGGUGUCUCACUUCAUGGAGAGCGAAAGACUGAGAUCUACAUUAAACCCGUCUGAGAUACACUUCAUCUUCUCCAAUGUCAUAGAGGUGUUGGCCACCAGUGAAAGGUUUCUCCUAGAUCUGGAGCAGAGGUUUGAGGAGAACAUAGUGAUUUCUGACGUCUGUGAUAUAGUCUACCAGCAUGCUGCCAAUCACUUUGGGGUUUACGUUACCUAUGUCUGCAACCAGACCUACCAAGAAAGAAUGUACAGGAAGCUCCUUCAGGAGCGGACAGACUUCCGUGAUGCAUUGGGGCAAUUAGAGCUGGAUCCAGUUUGCAGAGGGCUUCCUUUCUCCUCGUUUCUCAUCCUGCCUUUCCAGAGGAUCACUCGGCUCAAACUGCUGGUGCAGAACAUUCUGACCAAGGUGGAAGAAGGAUCAGAGCGAGAAGCCUCAGCUUUGCAAGCACAUCAGGAGCUGGAGAAGCUGGUACGGGCAUGUAAUGACGGGGUGAGAAAAAUGAGCCGCACAGAGCAACUUAUCAGCAUAGAGAAGACACUUGAAUUCAAGAUCAAGUCAGUACCAAUCAUCUCUCACUCUCGCUGGUUAUUAAAGCAAGGUGAGCUGCAACAGAUGUCUGGGCCUCGCACCUCCCGCACCCUGCGCACUAAGAAACUCUUCCGCUCGGUGUAUCUCUUCCUCUUUAAUGACCUGCUACUGCUGUGCAAGCGCCUCGCAGGAGAUCGAUAUCAAGUGUUUGACUCAGCUGCACGUGGUCUGCUGCGUGUGGAGGAAUUGGAGGACCAAGGGCAGACUUUAGCAAAUGUAUUUAUACUGAAGCUUUUGGAGAACGCGCAUGAGAGAGAGUUCACAUACAUGUUGAAGGCCACAUCCCAGAGUGAAAUGAAACGCUGGAUGACAUCUUUAGUCCCAAACAGAAGAACGAAGUUCUUUUCAAUAACAUCUAAGCUUCUGGACUGCCCUCAGGUGCAGUGCGUCCAUCCGCACAUCGCUCAGGAGCCUGAUGAGCUGACACUGGACCUGGCUGAUAUUCUCAAUGUGCUGGAUAAAACUGAUGAUGGUUGGAUUUUUGGAGAGCGCUUGCAUGACCAGGAGAAAGGUUGGUUCCCCAACACAGUGGCAGAGGAAAUAAUGAACAGAGACAUCAGAACACAGAACCUAAAGGAAUGUUUUCGGGUGCACAAAUGUGAUGACAGCAGCCAGAACAAGGACAGACGGAAGAUGGGAAGCCGUACGCGGCAGUGACCCUGUAAAGACUUGGGGUCCAGCAUCUACAGGGUUGGGCAUGGUAGAGGAGCAGUGUGUCUGUGACGCGAUGCAAAUAUAAUCUAUAAAUAUGUGUAUAUUAUCUAGACAGCAUAA